AGCAACCACAAAAAAAAAGAAUGACUAUUUGUGACCGAAGCACAAUUUCAAAAAUCUUGAAGGAAAAAGAAAAAUGGUUAUCCAUACAACUAACGGAACCUGAAGAAAAAAAAAAGGUCAAUCGAUCAGCAAAAUUUAUUAAUUUAGAAAAUGCCAUAGCUAUUUGGUCAAAACGAAGAGAAUCUGAAAGCGUGCCCGUAGAAGACCUUGCUGAUCAAAGAUGA